CGGUCACGUGAAGGCGCAGCAGCUUUUGCGCAUGCGCAGAACAACCGUCCUGAUCAGCUGACUGUGAGAUGCUGUGUUGAAGCACAUUUGAGUCUUAAAGCUGUUAUUUUCUGUGGUGCGUAUGGAAAGCUGUGACUCUUUAACUGAAUUACACCGUGUGGACAAAACGCUGAAGCCAUUAAUCACAUCGUGAAUCUUUACAUCAAACUCCCAGUAGACCAACCUUCUACCAGCAGCUAUGACUGAAUUCUGGUUGAUCUCUGCUCCGGGGGAGAAGACGUGCCAGCAGACCUGGGACAAGCUGAUGGUGGCCACCACACGCACCAACAACCUCUCCGUUAACAACAAGUUCAACAUCCCUGAUCUCAAGGUGGGAACUCUAGAUGUCUUAGUGGGCCUGUCAGAUGAGCUGGCUAAACUAGACACUUUUGUGGAAAGUGUGGUGAGGAAGGUCGCUCAGUACAUGGCCGAUGUCCUGGAGGACAGCCGCGACAAAGUCCAGGAAAAUCUGCUUGCUAAUGGAGUGGACCUGGUCACCUAUAUCACCAGAUUUCAGUGGGACAUGGCUAAGUAUCCAAUCAAACAGUCGCUGAAAAACAUCUCUGAGAUCAUCGCCAAGCAAGCCUCUCAGAUAGACAAUGACCUGAAGGCCAGAGCUUCAGCCUACAACAACCUGAAGGGAAACCUGCAAAACCUGGAGCGGAAGAAUGCGGGGAGCUUGUUGACCAGGAGUCUGGCCGACAUAGCGAAGAAAGAUGACUUUGUGCUGGACUCGGAGUACCUGAUUACCAUGCUGGUGGUUGUCCCAAAGACCGGAUAUGGAGACUGGCAGAAGACGUAUGAAAGCCUGUCAGAGAUGGUGGUGCCACGCUCCACAAAGCUGCUGUUUGAAGACAACGACAGCGGCCUGUUCAGUGUCACUCUCUUCAGGAAGGCUAUCGAUGACUUCAAACACAAAGCCAGGGAAAACAAGUUUACGGUGCGUGAUUUCCAGUACAAUGAGGAGGAGAUGAAGGCCGACAAAGAAGAGAUGACACGGCUGUCCACUGACAAGAAGAAACAGUUUGGGCCUCUGGUACGAUGGCUGAAAGUGAAUUUCAGCGAAGCCUUCAUUGCAUGGAUUCACAUAAAAGCCCUGCGUGUGUUUGUGGAGUCUGUAUUAAGAUAUGGGCUGCCCGUGAACUUUCAGGCCAUGCUGCUCCAGCCCAACAAGAAGAACAUGAAGAAACUGAGAGAGGUGCUCAACGAACUGUACAAACACCUGGACAGCAGCGCCGCCAUCAUCGAUGCUGUCAUGGACAUCCCCGGGCUGAACCUGAGUCAGCAGGAGUACUACCCCUACGUUUACUACAAGCUCGACUGCAACCUGCUGGACUUCAAAGUCUAGAAAGAUUUCCAUCAUCAUCUCAUUUUCUGUGCAGUUUGAUGUGACAUGUGCCCCAAGCUUUAAUUUAUUUCCACCUGGUUUUUCCUGUUUUUAUUUUUCUUUCCUUUUGUCUUGCCCUUCUAUGUUCCUCUCUCAUGCUGCUGUUACAUUCCUGGGUCUAUAUUGAAUAUGUUGUUGAACUGUUGUUCUAAAAUACUGGACAAAUGUGGACCUUUUAUGAUCUUUGGUAUUUCCCUUUCUACCUAGCUGUAAAAGGGCAAUGCUCCCAAGACAUGGAUGACAUUCCCUGUCAAAGGACAUUAAAUGAUGGUUUGUUUUUUCCCCCGUCAACCCACUUCAUGCAAAGCAUCAAAAACUAUACAUGUGGGGAAAAUGCAGAGAAAAAUAAAUGUAUGUUAACUAUAGUAUUUAUUUUAAGCCUCUAAAAUCAGUAAAUAGGUUUUUGUUUGCUCGGUUUUUUGGAAGUGAUGUGUUUUUAGCUCCAUGUAUGUUUACAAGUAGAUGUUGACCAUUGUUUCACCCCAAAGCUAUAAUCCUUUCAAAAUACUGAGACGUAUCAUCCUACAGUAUAAUGAAGCAAUAUGUUUGCUGAUUUGCUAUUAAGCAGUUUGAGAAAAUAAUGAUCAAUCUAUGUGCAAAUACUGUAUUGUCCUUAUCAAUGAAAAGUACAACACAUAUUUAAAAUCGAUGUGAAAAAUAAAUACUUUAUGUGAUGAC